UCAGACAGGGGCAUGCCAAAUGCCUGCUUACUCGCGUGUGUCAAAGCGGCCUUGAGGGGAGAGAGCAUCGUAUGCACGUGAUCGUCUCCCGCUUACGCGUCAGUAGGCUUGAUCGAUGACCCUUCGCGAUCACGCCUCCGACCUCCGUCAACCAUGAGCUGCCCUCAUACUUCAGAUCUCACCCGGCUUUCUACUCCACGGCUUUCUCAAUUUGUCCAUCGCGAAGAAUGCACCCAGUGCUUCGACAACCAGGACGGCCCUCAAGGUGUCGAUGUCUGUCUGUUGUGUUUCAAUGGAGCGUGUACCGGCGAGCGGAACCACAUGCGCAUCCACACUCAGAAAUCGGGCCAUCGGUUCACGUUGAACGUUAAGCGUAGACCCAAACCUACCUCAAAACGGAAUGACGAGGAGCCGCCCGCGAAGAUGUCUAAGCUUGCGAUUGUGGAGGAGAGAGAGGAGGACAAAUACUUCCACACCACUGUUGUGAAAUGCUGGAGCUGCGACGCAGAACAUGGACGCGACAUCCCUGAAGCCACCAACGAUCCCGCUAUCCAAUCUCUCGUUGACCAGGUGAUGCGUUCGUUGUCCUCUGCGCGUCAAUCCGAAGUCAAAGCAUGGGAAGAAGAGCUGGAAGCGUGCGAGCACACUCUUUUACUCCAGCACACGAAUGUUGGAGCUAUUGCUGCUUCGGGUCUCGCACACUGCAAUGAUUGCGAAUUGACUUCUAAUCUGUGGCUUUGUCUGACUUGUGGGUCUCUGGGAUGUGGACGACAACAAUACGGCGGCGUCACCGGUGGGAACGGUCAUGGGUUCAAGCAUUUUGAGGAGACGAACCAUCCGGUGUGCGUGAAGUUAGGGACCAUUACUCCUGAGGGUGAUGCCGACAUCUACUGUUAUUCGUGCAAUGAUUCUCGACUGGAUCCUUCUCUUUCAGAUCAUCUUGCUGCCUUUGGAAUAAACGUGAAGACAGCACAGAAGACGGAGAAAAGUAUGACCGAAAUGCAAAUCGAACAUAAUUUGAAGUACGACUUUUCUCUCACGUCCGAAGACGGAAAAGCUUUGGAGCCAGUGUUUGGACCAGGAUUGACGGGCUUAUCCAACUUGGGGAACAGUUGUUAUAUGGCUUCCGUUCUUCAAACUGUGUUCUCUCUCCCCGCCUUCAGAUCUCGAUACUUCUCUGCGUCUUGUACUAUCGACCAUGCAGUCCAGUGUCCUGAACUCUUACCUGCGGACUGUGUAGAGUGCCAGAUGCGCAAAGUGGCGGACGGACUCGUCAGUGGGCGAUACUCUCAUCCAGCCCAUGCACCUCCUUCAUCUCAGGACGCCGUCAAUAGCCCUGUAUUUCAAGAGGGCUUGCGACCGUCUGGCUUCAAAUCACUGGUCGGAAAAGGUCACGAAGAGUUUUCGACGAUGAAGCAGCAGGAUUCAGAGGAGUUUUUGGGCCAUCUAUUGACUGUAUUGCGACGGGAUAUCCAAAAAUACAAGGACAGGGAGGAUCCCACUGGUGUCUUCUCAUACGCAAUGGAACAGCGGCUCCAGUGCAACGUUUGCUCCAAAGUCAGCUAUCGUACGGACACGAUGGAUGUUCUCAGCGUACCGGUUCCCGCGGUAGAGAACAGUAAAGAUGCGGACGGAAAGCCCCUCUUUGAGCCGGUGCCACUGCUUGCCUGCAUCGAUUCUGUGUCCGCUCCUGAGGCGUUGGAGUACUCUUGCCCAUCGUGCGCCAAAAGCGUGCAUGCUCUCAAACAAACCAAGUUCGCCACGUUCCCUGACAUCUUGGUCGUCCACGCCAAAAAGUUCCAACUCGUGAACUGGGUUCCCACCAAGCUGGAUAUCCCUUUGAUCCUACCGGAUGAUGACACAUUGUCGUUUGAGGCUCAAUAUCUGGGAACGGGACUGCAGCCUGAUGAAGUUGAAUUGCCGAACCUGGCCGAUGCUGCCGCCGUGCCGCAGUUUGAUGUAGCAGCAAUGGCCCAGCUUGAAGGAAUGGGCUUCCCCACUAUUCGGUGCCAGAAAGCCCUGUUGGCGACGGGGAAUUCGGAUGCAGAAGCUGCCAUGGAAUGGUUGUUUGCUCACAUGGAGGAUCCAGAUAUCGACACGCCUAUUCAGUCUGAUGGACCGUCAUCGAGUGCACCAGAGCCUUCCGCAGAUCAAAUUCUUAUGCUGGCUGACAUGGGCUUCACCUCGGCUCAAGCCAAGAAAGCCCUCCGAGAGACGUCUGGAAACGUUGAGCGUGCGGUUGAAUGGCUUUUCAAUCAUCCGGAUGACAUGGGCGAAGACUCGGACACCAACAGUUCCUCGGCAAGUGCACCGGCACCAUCCAGCAUUCCCGGAACGAAACACGUGCCUGCUAAAUACCGGCUCAAGGCUUUCAUUUCGCACAAAGGACCGUCGGUUCACUCAGGUCAUUAUGUCGCACACAUCUUCACGGGCGAUGGCUGGGUGUUAUUUAAUGACGAGAAGGUUGUCAAAGCCGACGCUGAGAGUGUCAAGGACUUGAAGAAGCUCGCGUAUUUCCACAACAACAUCAUCCCCGACAGUCAUGUCCACAAAACCAUCCUCGAGCGAAGACCUGCUGGGACAGAAGGUGAGACAUCCUAUAAACUCAAUCUUGGAUUAUUUUACCAAUCUGCGCUCCAGUACGACCGUUGCAUGGCCGAUUUCCUUGUCAAAGCUGGCGUAGGAUUUAGUGCUGGCGUUGUUCUUUCUGUCAUUCUGUUCAAACGACGCACUUGGCCGAUCGCACUCUCGACAGGAUUCGGUGCAGGUGCUGCCUACGCGGACUGCGACCGUUCCUUCAACCCGGCGCGCAUACCCGGAACCCGAAUCAUCUCACAACUCCCUCCGUCUGGCGCAUCAAAGGAAUAGAUCAGGCCCAGACACCGCAUGCACUUUCGCCCGCUCCCUGCCACCCACAGGAGGUCGCCUUCGCCGAAACUCAUAUUGUAUACGUACGAGUAAUGGAGUCGGCGUCGCAAGCUUGGGAUCAUCAUAUUGUAAUAGACGACGCGGGGUUUCAAUCUACGCCGAAAAACUUGCGAACUACUGUGUGUGCGACCGGGGCAGCAAAG